AUGGCCUCCGGCGUCGGCAUCUUCUUCGCCAUCAUCAUAAUCCUCCUCCUCACCGGCACCGUCACCUGGAUAAUCUGGUCGCGCCUACGCGCCCGGCGCCUCGGUCUCCCCCCGCCACCACUGAACCCCUUCGCGCGCGGGCGCGGCAGCUCGGGCGGCGCAGGCGGGUACGGGGCGGGCGCGGGGUCCUCGUCGGGCGGCAUCGGCGGCUGGUUCAGCGACAAGGUGCGCGCCUUCAAGAACCGCAAGUACACAUCAGCCGCAGGGUACGAGACCAACAGCGGCCUUGGCGGCGGCAUGGGUAGCGCCAGAGGCAGAGCGCGCGCCGGCACCCUCGACCCCGACGAGGCGUGGGAUGCGCGCGUCGGCAACGAGGCCGACAUGUACGGCCCCGGUGGCUACUACGAGGAGCAGGAGCUCGGCCUGCACGAGCCCGGCGCAGACCGCGGGAGGCAGCAGUACAGUCAGCGCGAACUCGACGACCGGUAUGACGAGGAAAUGGGCCGCGCGCCCCAGCACAGCAGCAGCAACAACAACAACAACAACAACAACACGCAGUACCAGUCGCAGCAGGGCUACCUCGGUCACCAGCAACAUGACCCCUUUGGCGACGACGCCGAGCACAGCAACAUCAGCAUGCGCGGCGUGAGUCCCCGCCCGGUCGUCGAUGUCGAGGCCGGCCGCAACCAGCAACAACGGCGCCAGCAGGGCGGCGAUGCCAGCAGCUUGCAUAAUAGCCCGUCGGAGCGGCGCAGCAUAUUCCACGAGGAUGUCUAG